CUUUCUCUAGUAAAAUAGAUAAUAGAAAAUUUUGAUUAUUUUCUUGUCUUGACUUAAACUUCGCAUUAAAGUAAUUAGAUUUCAGAUUAGAUUAUUCUCAAUCGAACAUAAUAUCGGAAUUGUCAAAACACUCGAUCUCGCGUUUAAUUAUUGAUCAAGUCGAACAAUGUGACUUAUUAUUGAGCAAUCGAACGACAAACUUUCAAAUUAACCAUGACUGCUUCAACAUCUGGUAAUCAUAAUUUCAAAAUCGUAUUAUUGGGCGAAGGUGCCGUUGGCAAAACGUCCAUUGUUCUGCGUUACGUCGAGGAUAAGUUCAACGAUAAGCAUCUUAGUACCCUUCAGGCUUCGUUUUUGAACAAAAAGCUCAACGUUGGAGGUAAACGAGUCAACUUAGCAAUAUGGGAUACUGCUGGUCAAGAGAAAUUUCACGCUCUGGGCCCAAUUUACUACAGAAUGUCGAAUGGCGCAGUACUUGUGUAUGAUAUUACGGAUGAAGAUUCUUUUCAAAAAGUCAAGAACUGGGUUAAAGAGUUGAAGAAAAUGUUAGGCCAAGAUAUCUGCAUAGUUAUCGUUGGUAAUAAAACUGAUCUCGAGAAAGAUAGAAUCGUACCUUUAGAAUUAGCUGAACAAUACGCCAAACAAGUCGGCGCAAAACAUUAUCUCGUGUCAGCAAAACUAAACCGUGGCAUAGAAGAAUUAUUCUUAGAAUUGACUCAGCUCAUGUUACAUAAAGCCGAAGAGCAAAGUAAACUGAAAGAAAACGCCCUCAGUAGAGGCGGUAGCCUAAAACGUAACGUUCUCAUAGUCGACGACGAAGAAGAAAAUAAUUCGUCACAGCGUAGAAAAUGCUGCGGUGGUCCGUCGCAUUGAUAUUCGUCAUUCUCGUUCUAUUCAGAUUCCAAAAUUAAUCAGUAUUUUGUAAGUUUUAUUAUUUAUCGAUGUACUUUUACUAUAUCCAACUGUGUUAAUCUUCUGUUAAUCCUUUAUUACGAAUCUGAGGAUCGAAUUCGCAUCGUGUUAGAAUAUAGCUAGAUUUCUGAUGUAUUGAUUUGUCGAGUCGUAAUACGAGUAAUAAUUGGCGUUGUACGCGCAUUGUUUCAAUUUUAAUACAUAUUUUUUUUUCUAUUUCCUAUUUUUAUGUUGUGCUUUUACGCGAUUUUAAUUUUUCGUCAAACUUUUUUUUUUUAUAAUUAUAAGGCGAGUUGUUCAUUUUCAGACUCAUUCUGUUCUAUGUACAGUUACCGUAAUACAUGAUCUUGUGCGUUUCUA